AUGCCCAAAUGGUAUUACAACAUGGUGGAUAAGACAAGCAAGCGUACAGGAGGAGAGUUAGUGGCUGAGACACUGAAGGCUCAUGGAGUCAAGUUUCUUUUCACGCUUUGUGGUGGUCACAUAUCGCCUGUCAAUGUUUCUGCUGAGAAACUUGGUAUAAGGGUUAUAGACACUAGACAUGAGGCGACGGCAGUGUUUGCAGCUGAUGCUGUAGCUAGACUAUCUGGGGUAAUUGGAGCUGCUAUUGUUACGGCAGGACCAGGUCUUACUAAUACUAUCACAGCAGUCAAGAAUGCACAGAUGGCAGAAUCCCCUCUUCUCUUAAUGGGAGGAGCCGCAGGUACAUUAUUAAAGGGUCGUGGAGCACUCCAAGAUAUUGACCAAAUGGCAUUGUUCAAACCGCUAUGCAAGAUAUGUAUAUCAAUAUCACAGAUUAGAGAUAUCAUACCAGCUAUGAGAAGAGCAAUACAGAUAGCACAGUCUGGUACACCAGGGCCAGUUUUCAUUGAGUUGCCUAUUGAUGUUCUGUAUAGUUAUGAACUAGUUUUGAGAGAAGUAGCAGCAAAGGGCAAACAAUCAGGCUUUGUUAAUAACAUUAUAAACUGGUACAUCAUGACAUUUGUUAAUAAUAUCUUUGCUGGAGCCUUUGACAAACGAGACCCCUCCCCCUUGCCUGUAAAUCAGCCUCUAGCCACACCCCUUCAAGUUCAACAGGGUAUUGAGAUUAUUAGCAGAGCAAAGAAACCUGUUAUAUUACUUGGUAGUCAAUCAACACUACCACCUUUACCUGCAGACAAGCUUAGGGCAGCUUUAGAGGCCAUUGGUAUCCCAUGUUUCUUAGCUGGUAUGGCCAGGGGCAUGCUGGGAAGGAAUAGUCCGCUUCACAUUCGACAACGUAGAAAGGACGCCCUCAAGGAGGCGGAUGUUGUUAUCUUGGCCGGAUCUGUGUGUGAUUUCCGUCUGAAUUACGGCCGAUCAUUAAGCAGGAAAUCAAAGGUCAUUGCUGUCAAUCGUAACAAGGAACAACUUUACAAGAAUACUGAUCUAUUUUGGAAGCCUACACUAGCCAUCCAGGGUGAUCCAGCCAGUUAUUUAGUUGAGAUUCAGAAAGGUCUAGGUUCAUAUACAUGCAAUGAAGAUUGGAUUCAAACACUCAGAGAUCGUGACCAAGAAAAAGAAACAGCUAAUCUAACGAAGGCAUCGGAGAAAGCAGAUAGAUAUCUGAAUCCUCUAAAUGUCUUAUACCAGGUUGAAGAUGUAAUGGAAGAUAAUAGUAUAAUUGUAGCAGACGGUGGAGACUUUGUUGGAAGUGCUGCUUAUAUACUAAGACCAAGAGGUCCUCUAAAGUGGCUAGAUCCUGGUGCCUUUGGGACUCUUGGUGUCGGUGGUGGCUUUGCUCUUGGUGCCAAACUUUGCAACCCUGAUUCCAACAUCUGGAUUGUUUAUGGUGAUGGAUCAUUAGGUUACAGCUUGAUUGAGUUUGAUACGUACAGCCGUCAUAACACACCUGUUAUUGCAGUGAUUGGCAACGAUGCGUGUUGGACUCAGAUCUGUAGGGAACAGGUCCCAAUAUUAGGAUCAAGAGUCAGCUGUGAUCUAGCUUUCUGUGACUAUGACAAGGCGGUUGAAGGAAUUGGUGGAGUAGGUAUCAAGUUAACAAAUGAAUCUAAAGAUGAGAUACAUCAGAAGCUGAUUGAAGCUCAGGAGAUCAGUAAGAAAGGCAAGCCAGUCCUCAUCAACUGCCUCAUUGGUAAAACAGACUUCAGAAAUGGAUCUAUAUCGGUCUAAUCAGCCUACGGUCACAACUAGAUGUCUUUGCGAAUUGAAUCUCAGCAUAUCUCUUUCAUCUAUACAUUUAAUGUGUAGGUUUCUUCUGUACACCCUGAAUUAGCAUGGUCCAUUUUAUCUUGAGGCAGUAACAACGAUCGACUCCAGCUCCAGCUAAGGAGCUCAGAUGAACUCCUCAAUCUGCUUAUAAUGCGUUUGCAGUAAGAAGUACAUACAGAUUAAACAUUCAGAUGUGCAUGAUAAGUUCUGACAAAUCCAUAAGGAAACAAUUUACUCCAUUUUUCCUGAAUGGAAUCAAUUUUUAUGAGCAAUAAACCUCCUUGCCUCACAUGGAAAUUCAGUCAUAUAUUCUGUGUUCAAUUAGCUGAUAAUGAUUUGUCUUUGAUGGACAUACAUGGCUCUGAUAUUUUGAUAAUUAAGGUGCCUCUAUUCGCUAAUCCUGGAAUAUUGAAAAGAAUUUUGAUAGUUUCAAACUAUUUGAUGUUUUGUGGAGUCAGCAAUUCACCAUUCCACUAAAAUUUAAUCUUCACUUUUAAAACCUGAGGCACUUUUGGCCCUAGAUUGAGAUGAUGAGGUUAGGUAUUGCUUGGAAUAUGUCUUAGGGUUAGGUUUACAAAAUAUAUCCAGAUUACUCUAUAAAGGCCCAACAGGUGAUACUGGACAAUACUUUAGGUUCUGCAGAGUCACGCUGCUGCGUCAUAUUAUUAUCAUCAUAUUUGGUACCCACAGGCAAAAUGUGGGCAGGGUCAUUGUCGCCAUGAUGAUUGUAUUUCUUUGUCAAAUUUCUGUGUGAGCUCUAUAUAUCGCAAUGACGAAUGACGCGGUGGGUUCGGGGAUACAUGUGCUCGGCUCCACGACCUGGCGAAAAUCUCUAGUUUAUUUAUUGAAUUCGAAAUUGUUAAUAUGUCAUAAAUCUUGUUGGCUACACAGUCAAAUUGUAUCAAACGUUUUUCUGAAAGCUGACAUUGAAAUAUCCUAGGUAAAUUAGUACAUGUUCAUAUCAUGAUAUAAAUUUAUAAUUUUUUUUUCUGAUGGCGGCGGCAUCGUUAACAUUGAAAUCUGAACCAAGGUUAAGUUUUUGAAAUGUCAUCAUGACUUAGAAAGUAUAUGGACCUAGUUCAUGAAACUUAUAAAUGAGAGUUAUGGUGUAUCAGUGAAGAUCCUGCCUGAGUUUCAAGUCACAUGACCAAGGUCAAAGGUCACUUAGGGUCAACAAACUUUGGCCAUGUUGGGGGUAUUUGUGGAAUUUUCAUAACUUUUAAAAUUUUUUGGAUAUAGUUAAUGAAAUUUGGACAUAAGAGCAACCAUGUAUCCCUGAAUAUCAUGAGCGUGUUUCAGGUCACAUGACCAAGAUCAAAGGUCAUUUAAGGUUAAUUAGCUUUGGCCGUGUUGAAUUGGCAUCAUAUAUUAGAAAGUUUAUGGAUCUAGUUCAUGAAACAUAGACACAAUGGUAAUCAAGUAUGAAUGAUUGUUUUGCACAUGUUUAGGUCAUAUGAUCAUGGUAAAAAGUCAUUUUCGGUCUAUGGGCAUAGUAUUUUUUUAUCAUAUGAAUGUUUUGUUGUGUGAAUAAUUAUUCAAUAGCUGUUUUCAAAGUCGGCACUGCUGCUAUAUCAAAUCGCGUUAUGCAGGCGAGACUGCCAGAGGCGUUCCACUUAUUUUAUUAAUGUAGGCUUUCUUUUUUAAUACAUUCCAUCAUUAAUAUGAAAAUAUUAUGUUAUACAAGUCAUUAUGUAACAUUAGCUUUAUUUCACUGUCAUUGUCCUAUUAGAAAUAAUUUCUGGCACCACCAAAUUGUUUUUUUUAGUUUUGCGAGAAAAUUAUUGUAUAUCGCCAUGUUUCUAGUUGCAAUUUUCAAUCUUUGGCCCAUAUUGCUCUACUUUGGCAAAAUUGUAAUAUAUUUUGUGUCUACCAAUAUAUACCAUCCAUAUCUUGAUCAGUAUGUUGGUAUGACAAUGUGUCAAAUUAGGAAAACUUAGUCAGGGCCAGUCAUUUGACUGUGUUUAUAAACAAGUUUUGUUAAUCCUAUCUUAACUGGGCUAUUUCAGACCAAUAUAUACUGGGGGGCGGUCAAUUUGACCCCCCCCCCCCCUCAGAUCUCGGUCGUUGAUUGCGUGAUCGCCGCAAAAAUUUGCCCGCGCAUAGAGCCGGAUGUAAACGUAAGACUAUAAUAAAAUUUUCAAAAAAUUAAUUGCUAAUAUUUUUUUAUUAAUUAUGCAAAUAAGCAUAUGAAAUUUGCCCUAAUUUUGUUUUUUUGUGUAUGUUUUUGCCUUUAACUCUUUAUAUAGCUAGUAGAAUGCUCAUUUUUGGUGAACAUAUUGAUUUUCACAUUUCUAACAAAAAAUCUACAAAAAAUUGCCUAAAAAUGAUUAAUUUCUUGUGUAUUUUAUAGUUUUUUUAAUUCUUAUGUAUUUCUUUCUUUGUUCAAACCUUUGUUUUUUAUUGUUUUUUUCGAUGAACUUUGUCAGGAAACCUUUUGUGAUCAUCAAUAACAUAAGAUAAAUCCAUCUAAACCAACAAAAGUAAAAAUAAUCAUACAUUUAUGAUUUUUGGUUGAAAAACACAAUUUUUAUUGACUUUGUACACAUAAUCACGUUUUUGAGCAAUUUUGGGACUGACAUGCACUUACAAAAUAUCACGUAAUUUUGGAACCACGUACCCGGACAUUACAAAUUUGGUCUCAAAAGAUGCACUAGACUUGAAAGUAAAAAGUCAGUGAGCGGCGCGGUCAAAAAAUUUGCGCGGCGGCGUAGCGGAGAAAUUUGUUGAGGUUUAAUAAGGGUUAAAUAUGUCAGUCAUAUCUGGUCACUGUAACCUGUUAGUUUUAUACAUGUAUUCUCUAUUUGACAGAUAGGAUAGUUUUUACCAGUUCUUGUUUUGUUUAUUUUUUGAAAGAGUAAUUGGCUGGAUGAUGUCUGUUUUCAAAAAUGGCAAGGUGUACAUUUCAUGUUUAGAUGUAUAAAAGGAAAUUAAAGCACUUCAAUUGAUGAAUAUAUAUAUAUAUACAGAUGUGAUGAUCUUACUAGUUUCAAGGUUGUACAUCAUCCUUCACCAACGCACUCUAGACUCAGGUGAGGUACCAAGUCAUUCCAGGAAUAGCAGCCAGGAGUGUCAUAUCUAGACUUGAUAUUAAACCAUUAUUAUGAUCAUCAUUAUUAUAUUUCUCAUCAUCUGGCACUCCACAUUAUGAGAAAUUAGAAAUUGCAUUACGAUCAAUUAUUGAUCGCAUUAUGAUCAAUUAUUGAUCGCAUUACGAUCAAUUAUUGAUCGCAUUACGAUCAAUUAUUGAUCGCAUUACAAUCAAUUAUUGAUCGCAUUACAAUCAAUUAUUGAUCGCAUUACGAUCAAUUAUUGAUCGCAUUACGAUCAAUUAUUGAUCGCAUUACGAUCAAUUAUUGAUCGCAUUGCAAAUCAUAGUACACCUGGCAAGGUAUGUAUAUAAAGGAAACUUAUUUUCAUUUACAAAUAAAUAUAUUUAGUUUAUGGA